UCGAUAUUUUGAUAUAUGUUCAACAGCCCUAGUUAAUUCUUGAGUUCUCACAUUAAACAUAAUUUCAAAGUUAAAUUACCAAAGUAGUGAAUAGAAAAGCCUCAAACUGGCGGAAAAGAAGGUUCAAAUGGCGCUAUGCCAGACAUCGGUGCUAAAGGUGUAUCAUGCCGUGAUCGAGGAUGUUAUCACAAACGUGCGCGACGCCUUCCUGGACGAGGGCGUGGACGAGCAGGUACUGCAGGAGAUGAAGCAAAUUUGGCGCAACAAGCUGCUGGCCAGUAAGGCUGUCGAGCUGACCCCAGAACCCGGCGAGGGCUCCCAUCCACCGCCCAUCGUGGCCAACAAUCCAAAGAACACUAAGUAUUCAAAUUUGCAGGCAGCUAAUGCCAAGGCCAAGAAGGCCGCCGCCUCUGCGGCCACAUCACAGCCACAUAUCGGCGGCAGCAGCUCCGGAUCGUCGCUCUCAAUAAAGUCGGUCACCGGUGCAGCAGGAAGUGGCAUCAAAAACGGACUAGUGCCCAUCAAGCAGGAAGUCAACUCACAGAAUCCGCCGCCUUUGCAUCCCACCUCAGGUGCUGGUAUGCUGCAGAAACAACAGUCGGCUGGCGGCGGUGGACAGGCAUCCAUUCCAAUAGUGGCUUCUUUGGAUCCCAACCGCAUAAUGCCCGUAAAUAUCACACUGCCAUCGCCAGUCGGCUCGGCAACUUCGGAAUCUCGCGUACUCACCAUUCAAGUGCCUGCCUCGGCGCUCCAGGAGAAUCAGCUAACACAAAUUCUGACAGCCCAUCUGAUUUCCUCCAUCAUGACCUUGCCAACCACUUUGGCCUCGUCUGUGCUGCAGCAGCACGUUAACGCUGCCCUCAGCAGUGCUAACCAUCAGAAAAGUCUGGCUGCAGCCAAACAAUUGGACGGUGCCUUGGAUUCGUCCGAUGAAGACGAAAGCGAAGAGAGUGACGACAACAUUGACAACGACGACGAUGAUGACGUAGACAAGGAUGACGAUGAAGACGUUGAGCACGAAGAUGCCGCCGAAGAGGAGCCUCUCAACAGUGAGGACGAUGUCACUGACGAAGACUCUGCCGAAAUGUUUGACACUGACAACGUGAUCGUCUGCCAGUAUGAUAAAAUCACCCGUUCGCGCAAUAAGUGGAAGUUCUAUCUCAAAGAUGGAAUUAUGAACAUGCGUGGCAAGGACUAUGUAUUCCAAAAAUCAAAUGGAGACGCCGAGUGGUAAGCAGAGACCGCAGUGUGAAUAUAUAUAUAUAAAAAAGACAUCAAAACAAAGAGCCUCAUCGAAUGCGCCUUCGGCCUUGAAUCCCUCUUGAACAUACGACCAAGCGAGAGCCAGUAUAGUAUCUUAUUUUAGUUCCAUCUGUUUUUGUAUAAGGAUCCGCGAGCUGUGUUGCGAUUAAUCAACUCAAUUAAAAUGUAUUUAACAAAAGCCGCAUAUCUAUUGUGUCAAUAAACGGAAACACUUGUGAA